CAUAACAUACUAUUCAUCACCCGGGAUGACCAGGUGUACGGCCUGGGACUCAACUACUGGGGCUCACUGGGAUUGGGCCACAACAUACCCGUGGAAUCGCCAGAAUCUAUACCGGAAUUGAAUCACCAGAAUAUCCGUGAAUUCAUAUGUGGCACCACCUUUGUGUUAGCCCUCACCGGUGAUAGCCAGGUGCUCGCGUGGGGGCACAACGACUGCGGUCAGUUAGCCCGGGAGCCGGCACGUGGAGGGACGACCGCAUACUUAAAACCCGAGAGAAUCGCGUUUUUCACGAAUAAUAAAUUCAUUACACAAUUGAGUUGUAGUUAUAAUCACGCGCUGGCGCUCACAUCAGACGGGGAUGUCUACGGGUGGGGUAAUAAUAGGAGGGGACAGGUAGGCUGCGGCGAUGUGGACGACUUGGAGUACAUCGCGACACCGAUUAGAGUGAAGUUCACCAAUAAUUACAAGAUUAAGAUUAAAGCCAUCUAUUGCUCCGGUAUUCACUCGUCGUUCGCCCUGACAGUGGACGGGUAUGUGUUUAGUUGGGGUAACAAUAACUGCCACCACUUGGGACACGACAUACCCGAGUGCGUACUGAAACCGCAGAUUAUUACCAAUAUAUUUAACAUUCAGACGGUGUGUCCGUAUGGGCACCGGACCUACUUUCUCACGAACGAGGGUUUGGUAUACUUUUGCGGUUUGCAUACAAACCGACAAAAUGUGGAUUUAAUACAAAAGACGCCCAAACUGUCGGACAUUAAACACAAUUUCCGGGACUUAUGGCAAAUACAGUCCUACCAUAAGGACAUGCCGUUCAUAACGGCCUUAAAGAAACACAAUUUGAAUAAUAAUAAAACAAAUAUUGUUUAUAUGAUUGUCGAGUCGAACCAAACCAUUGAAACAAAAUACGAGAAAUUUGAUGUCAAACACGAGACAAAAGCUAUUGAAGUCACACCAAAACCUGUGAUAAAGACGUCAGAAGUCAUACAAAAUAAUAAGAUAGAGGUUACAGAAGUCAUACCAAAACCUAAGACAGAGGUAACAGAAGUCAUACCAAAACCUAUGCCUCGGCAGCGAAACCCUGUUAAGACACAACCAAUUAUUGAGAAAAGGAUAUCAAAUGAAGAUAUGAAUCAUUCAAGUGAUAGCUAUUAUAACAACACGUUUGAAGAGUUAAGUGUCGUAGGGUCGGGUGGUUUUGGGACAGUAUAUAAAGUGAAGCACCGGUUUAAUCAACGGUUAUAUGCCAUUAAACUCAUUGUCUUAAAAGAAUCUAUGGCUGAACUCAACGACCGAUUACUGAAUGAAACAAAAAACGAGUUAAAACUGCGCUCAGAAUAUGUCAUACAAUACACCACUUCAUGGUUGGAGGACAACAACCGGCUAUACAUCCAAAUGGAGUACUGUUCCCAUAGUUUGCAUGACAUACUCGCAGCUAAAGCACCGGUAUUUGGCCGCCAGUCACCCACCAAACCCAUGCAAUCGCAUGAGUACUACGUGUCCAGUGAACUGUUUCGUGAGCUCCUGGAGUGCGUCCAGUAUUUGCACGCCGUAUGGCCUCAAGUCAUACACCGGGGGCUCAAACCCCGCAAUAUUUUGUACACAGAGAACGCCAAACGGACGGGUCGUUUCCUAAAGCUGUCGGACUUUGGUUUGGGUAAUGUGUUCACCGCAGAGCAUAUGGAUCCCAAAUGGACGGGUAGUAACAAAUCGGACGCACUAUAUAUGGCACCGGAGGUGAUAGGCUCUGACGAUCCCAAUCGGUUCACCACUAAAUCCGAUGUGUUUAGCGUCGGUGUUAUCGGUCAACACGUGUUUGAUAUCAAUAUCAAAGAUAAAAAAUCUGUGAAAGUGUACGAAAAGACUGAAUUGAAUGAGUGUUUCAAACAAUUAUGGGAUGUCUUGACGGCAAUGACAGCACCGGACGCCGUGAACAGACCCGAGUGCUCACAGGUGUUGCAAAACAGCAUAAAGUGGUCCAUAAGUACACCGAUCGCUAAAAAUGGUUACGAUUUGAACGCAAUUCUGGCGAAAACUGCAAAACAAAACGAUUACCAAUUCAUACAUAAAUACAUUUUGCAUAAAAUAAAAUCA